AUGGAGUCGUCUGUUUCAUCAACCUACAAGAGACCAUUAAAUGAGGUCCGGGAAGAGGAGAAGAAUAAGGAUAGACAAAGCAAACUUUGGACAUCCUUAGAGGAUUCGAAACUCAGAGAGCUUGUGGCUGUUUCUGGUCCUCAAAAAUGGAGUCACAUUGGAAAGCAAAUGCAAGGAAGAACAGGUAAGACUUGUAGAUCAAGGUGGUUUAACUAUUUGGAUCCAAAGAUCAACAAAGAUGCUUUUAGUGAUGAGGAAAAUGAAAAGCUACUCAAAGCUCAUAAAGAAUUGGGUAACAAAUGGUCAAGGAUCGCAAAGCGUUUUCAUGGAAGAACAGAUAGAGCAGUGCAUAAACAGUUUGACAAACUUAUGAGACGAGAACUAAAGAAGCCAUCAAGUGCUUCUCCUCAUGACCCAAAUGACAAAGCAGAAGGGUGA